AGUAGACUUGCCCAGCCCACACAAGUUGCCGUAGUCAUUUUUUGCGUAAACUGAGACAGUCGAAUCAUUUUUUACAGAAAAUGUAGUCAACAUAUUUUCCAUUGUAUCACUUACCACGUAUCGUGUUAUCGUCACGUAACUAAAUUUGUUUUAUUCUAAUGAAACUUUUACAACCGAACCCACUCGUCGAUAUUGCUGAAUGCUUUUACAUGAUUGACGAUUUAUUGCAUGUUCUAUAACAACUGAAUUAUCGCAGACUAUAAUGCACUAAGCUGAUUGAUAGCUUUCUAAAAAAGCUACCUGGUAGGUGGUCGAGAUGGAAUAGUGCAUCUAUUUAAACUUCCUCGGUAACUAUUUUUAGUCAGUACAGUCCAACCUUUCAUAACUCUCAUAUCUGUUGCAAACAUCUACAUCAAAAAUGUCCAAAAAGUUUACGGUAGUUAAAUUCUCUGACAUAUCGACAUAUGGAAGAAAUCCGUAUAAAUGUGUUCCGAGUUGGUGGAUUGUUAAACGACAUAUAAAUUAUGUGACAGUGCCGUAUCCACCCAGGACUGAGAUAGUCCUUGCCUUUAAAAAUAUAAUUAAUUGUGAACCGCCUUUACAUGGCUGGAAUGAAUAUUGUGGGACUGUUGAAUACGUAACAGAUUCUUACGCUGAAGGACUGAUGUUCAUAAAGGAUCAAGACCCACACUGUAUUCCCGAAGAAUUGAUAUUCGUAAGUCAGCUGACUGGAAAUAUAUUAUCACCGACGAAGAAAUCUAAUGCAUUAAUAACGUUCCUAUCAAAAAUUUGGCUGAGAUUUUACAGAACUUUUAAAAAAUAA